AUGCUUAGCCCCUUGCCCUCUCCUUCUCUACUUGUCCUAUCAGGAAAUCCGGAUGAUGCUGAUUCCUGCGUGGAAUACUUCCGGUAUCAAUUCUCCGUGAUCCGGCCAGAUGAGAGCAAUCAACAGACUGGCAUCUCCGGAGCCAUUGGCGGAGAUGCCUCGAGUGCAUCUGGGAUGCGAGCACGACACUUCUACUCUCACGUAAUCUGUGCCCUAGAUGUGGAUGAGGUGCGCGUCCACCUGCGCGAAUGUCUAAAACGAAUUGUGGAUGCAAAUCUAAAAAAGCACGUUAUUCUCUGA